AGGUAGAGUGUAGAGGGUGUGGUGUGUGUGUGUGUGCAGCCCGCCAUGAGGUAGAGUGUAGAGGGUGUGGUGUGUGUGUGUGUGCAGCCCGCCAUGAGGUAGAGUGUAGAGGGUGUGGUGUGUGUGUGUGUGUGUGCAGCCCGCCAUGAGGUAGAGUGUAGAGGGUGUGGUGUGUGUGUGCAGCCCGCCAUGAGGUAGAGUGUAGAGGGUGUGGUGUGUGUGUGUGUGCAGCCCGCCAUGAGGUAGAGUGUAGAGGGUGUGGUGUGUGUGUGUGUGCAGCCCGCCAUGAGGUAGAGUGUAGAGGGUGUGGUGUGUGUGUGUGCAGCCCGCCAUGAGGUAGAGUGUAGAGGGUGUGGUGUGUGUGUGUGCAGCCCGCCAUGAGGUAGAGUGUAGAGUGUAGAGGGUGUGGUGUGCGUGUGUGCAGCCCGCCAUGAGGUAGAGGCGAUGAGCCGCGGGGGGCGCAAGUUGGCGCUGUGUCUGGCCGCGGCGGUGGUGUUCCUGUGGCUCGUGUACCGCCUGCUGUCCGCCUCCUGCGGCCUGGGCCGCGGCGCGCUCAUGCUGCCCAAGCAGCGCUACGUGGUGGGCGGCGACAGGAAGGUGUACAGCUACGACAGGUUCAUGCCGCUCAUCUUCAUCGGCGGCGUGCCUCGCUCCGGCACGACGCUCAUGCGAGCCAUGCUGGACGCCCACCCGGAGGUCAGAUGUGGUCAGGAGACCCGAGUAAUUCCUCGCAUCCUGCAGAUGAGAUCUCAUUGGCUGCGCUCCCAGAAGGAGAGCUUGCGGCUCGAAGAAGCUGGUCUGUCCAAAGAGGUGCUGGACUCUGCCAUCGCGGCGUUCUGCCUGGAGAUCAUCGCGCGGCACGGCGACCCGGCGCCCCGGCUGUGCAACAAGGACCCCCUGACGCUCAAGUCCGCGAGCUACCUGGCCGAGCUGUUCCCCGAGGCCAGGUUCAUCUUCAUGGUGCGCGACGGGCGCGCCACCGUGCACUCCAUCAUCUCCCGGAAGGUGACCAUCACGGGCUUCGACCUGACGAGCUACCGCCAGUGCCUGACCAAGUGGAACGCGGCCAUCCAGGUGAUGCACGCCCAGUGCCGCGAGGUGGGCGCGAGCCGCUGCCUCAUGGUGCCGUACGAGCAGCUGGUGCUGCACCCGCGCGGCUGGAUGGAGCGGAUCCUCGGCUUCCUCGACGUGCCGUGGAACGAGUCCGUGCUGCACCACGAGGAGCUCAUCAACAAGCCGGGCGGGGUGUCGCUGUCCAAGGUGGAGCGCUCGUCGGACCAGGUGAUCAGGCCCGUCAACCUGGAGGCGCUGAGCAAGUGGGUCGGCCACGUCCCGGAGGACGUGGUGCAGGACAUGGCGGAGAUCGCGCCCAUGCUCUCCGUGCUGGGCUACGACCCGUACGCCAACCCGCCCAAGUACGGUUCCCCCGACGCGGCGGUGGCCGACAACACCAACCGCGUGCGCUCCCACGGCAAGCUGUGGGAGGAGAGGGCCAAGGACCUGCUCAGCCCCAACCGGGUGUUCCACGACGUCAACCUGGAGGAGUCGGCCUCCGAGGGCCCCCCGCCGGCCGCGUGAGGGGGGCGCCCCUCCCCCUCUCCCCUCUCCUCCCGCCACCGACCUCUCGGGGCGACGGCUCGAAAAAAAACUGUGCGUGUGCCGCGCGUGUUUGUGUUUUACGUGUUGAACAAUGAAAUUUCAUAAUAUAUAUAUUUUGUUGUAUGAAGAAAACCCCAAGUACUUACAUGUACGAGAGAAAAAAAAAAACACUUCUAAAAAUGUGUUUGCACAGAAUUUAAAAAAAAAAAAAAAAAAAAAAUUGUUUUCAAAGCCA